AUGAGCAUCCGCAUCCUCGACCACAACGGCACCGCCCUUCAGCUCUCAGCACGCAUGAGCGCCGACUUCGAAGCGGAAUUGCGUCGCAUCGGAGAAGCACCAGCCCCGCCCACCCUCAACCUCUGGGUUUCGAACCAGACACCCGACGAGCUACUCCAGAUCCUGAAACGCAUGCCGGGCCGUCCAGCUGAUGAAAGCGCACGGGGUGGGGUUCAGGAGCUGCAGUCUGAGAUUUCGGUUCCGGAAGAUAGCGAUAGGGAUACUGCGGCAGGACACCAGGUCGGAGACCCGAAGUCGGAUAUUCAAGCGGUCGGACUGCCCAGUAAGCCUGAUUAUGCCGCCGGGACUGGUACGUUGUGGGCCAGCGGUGGUGUGUAUAAUAGUGUCUAUCAGCGCGAAACUGGGCACAUCAUGGCUGACCCUGGCGGACUGGGUGAAUUGGUGGUGAGGGAUGGGAAGAUGGUGAAUUUGCGGGAUGAGCAACGGGAGGAACUGGGAAAGGCAAAGGAGAGAGAGGAUCUGGAGAGAGAGCGCCAGGAGAGAAAGGAUGGAGAGAGUAGGUAG